UGUUAUUUCGAAGAGUUAUGUUGUUGUGUGUUGUGUAUUGUUGACAAGUACUCGCAUAUUAUUAAAAAAAAACAUAAAUUAAGUGUGUAAUUUUAUAAUUGUGUUAUCCGACCAUAGAUCAUAGCCUUAGAACCGCCUUAUUGUAGCUGAAUAAUAUUUAUAAAGUGAAAAACUAGCUAAGAAUUUCAAUUAAAAUGGAUGAUUAUAACUGCGAUACCAUGAUCAAAAUAGAGGAAGAAAAUGAAGAUAUAAAAUAUCAAUUUCCCGUAGUAUUAGUGAAAGAAACAAAACCAAAAGACCUUGAAAAAUCAAACAAGAGUUGUUCAACGACCAACAACAUUCCUCAAAAGAAUAUUGACGGAGAUGCUUAUAAUGUUCCUGAAAAGAAAAUUAAAGUUGAAAUUAUAGACGAAACUGAUGAUUAUCACGGUUCUGUUAACAGAAUAGAUGAAGAUAUGAAAGAAAACUUUACCGAAGCUUUAGUGGUAAAAACUAGUCCAACUUGUUUUGAAGAAUCAUAUAAUAGUGGCGAGACUGUCCAGAAUGACGGGAUUUCAUACAAUGUAGGAGAAAUGUGCAACGAAUCGAUAGUCAAAGUAGAAGUUGAUCUAGUGGAUGGCAAAUAUUAUGAGUCCUUGAUAGAAAUCGAAGAAAAUGUAAAUUUAGAUGUGCAAACAACAAACAACGAUUUGGACGAGGUACUGUCAUUUGUCUGUCAUAUAUGUAAUAAGGCAUUUGCGACCAAAAUGAAAAUGUCCGAGCAUAUUAGUCAUUCACAUAGUGCACACUUAACAACCCAGAAAAGCAAUAGAAAACAAGACGUCGAAAAGAAUUUCAUUAUCAAUCAUACAGCUCAUGAAGUAACUAACGGAUACACCGGAAACAUCAGACCACCCUACAAAUGUGAAGUGUGUUCCGAGGAUUUUCUUGAUAAAUCCACUUUCACGCUACACGAACGCGUGCACUCUGGUGAAAAGCAUUACAAAUGUCCGGUGUGCUUAAAAUUGUUUACUCGAAAAUACUUUUUUGAACGACACAAUCGCGAGCACACUGGUGUAAAGCCUUAUAAAUGUUAUGUGUGUUCAGAGUCAUUUUCUCAAAAAUACCUUUUUGAACGACACAAUCGCGUGCACGCUGACGAAAAGCCUUAUAAGUGUAAUGUGUGCCUUAAGUCGUUUUCUAAAAAACCUUCGCUUACACUACACGAACGCGUGCACACAGGUGAAAAACCCUACAACUGUUCUGUGUGCUUAAGAACAUUUGCUUAUAAAGGCUACCUCACAGUACACUCACGAGUACACACCGGGGAAAAACCCUACAAAUGCCACGUGUGCUCAAAAUCUUUUUCUCAAAAACCCAACCUCACAAUACACCAACGCGUGCACACUGGAGAGAAGCCCUACAGAUGUGACGUGUGCCUGCGGUCAUUUUCUGUAAUAUCCAACCUCAAAAGACACAAAUGUCCACAAAAACAAUCAUGAAAAGCUCAGUCAAUAAUUUAUACAAAACCUAAUCAAUUAUUAUUUAAAUAUAAAAUCAGUUUGACUUACCCCACUUUAACCUGUAGACUUGUUUGUAGUGGUUGUUUGUCAUGUUCUGUAGCAAACGUUAAUCACACUAUUGAUCUAUUAUUGGUUAUAUUACAUUGUGAGUAAACUGCAUCAAUUUCAUUUGUUUAAUUUUAAUUAAUAUUCUCUAAUGGCA